AUGGAUGAAUCUACUUUUAAUCAAACUACUAACGAUUUUGAAUUGGAUGCAAACCAACUAGCUGCUCCAGAUGCUGUCUUUUCUGAUAGAGUACGUAGAUUCCAGGAGUUUCUAGAUACUUUCUCUACGUAUAAAGACCAAGUUAGAGAGAUUCAAUUAUAUAAUAACGCUUUUAAUACUGAUGAUGAAAAGAAUUUAGAUGAUGAAUUAUAUGAUCAUGCUAAAGAUUUUGAAGAUUUUAAUGAAGAUGAUGAUAUUAAUAAAAAACAAGCUUCUGGUAAAGCUUUAAACAUUCUACCGCAAAGAAUCACAAUAUCAUUAGACGAUCUAAGAGAAUUCGAUAGAUCAUUUUGGACUGGUAUCUUAAUGGAACCCGCAUUUUUCAUUCCACCUGCUGAAAAAGCAUUAUCUGAUAUGGCUAAUGUAUUAGAUGAAAAUACAAAUCAAAAUUUUAGAAAUUUCCAAAAUGGUAGUCACCCUUGGAAUUUAUCAUUUAAAGGUUCUUUUGGUUCUCAUUCAUUAUCACCGCGUACUUUAAAUUCUCAAUUCUUAAAUAAAUUGAUAUCUGUUGAAGGUAUUGUAACAAAGACUUCAUUAGUAAGACCUAAAUUAAUAAGAUCUGUACAUUAUGCUGAAAAGACUGCAAGAUUCCAUUAUAGAGAAUAUACAGAUGCUACAACUUCAUUAACCACUAAGAUUCCAACACCUGCCAUAUAUCCAACAGAAGAUACAGAUGGUAAUAAAUUAACUACAGAAUAUGGUUACUCCACUUACAUGGAUCAUCAACGUAUUACUGUACAAGAAAUGCCAGAAAUGGCGCCAGCAGGGCAAUUACCAAGAUCCAUAGAUAUAAUCUUAGAUGAUGAUUUAGUCGAUAAGACGAAGCCUGGUGAUAGAGUUAACGUUGUAGGUGUUUUUGUUUCAUUAGGUGCAGGGGGUAUGAGUCGUAGUGACUCUAAAGGUAGUAAUGCUUUCAGAACUUUAAUUAUUGGUAAUACAGUAUAUCCAUUACAUGCAAGAUCUACAGGUGUAUCAGCUAAACAAGUAUUAACAGAUUUUGAUAUUAGAAAUAUUAAUAAAUUGGCAAAGAGGAAAGAUAUCUUUGAUAUUUUAUCUCAAUCUUUAGCUCCAUCUAUUUAUGGUCAUGAACACAUUAAAAGAGCAAUCUUAUUAAUGUUAAUGGGUGGUGUUGAGAAAAAUUUAGAUAAUGGUUCUCAUUUAAGAGGUGAUAUCAAUAUUUUAAUGGUUGGUGAUCCAUCCACCGCUAAAUCACAAUUGUUAAGAUUUGUCUUGAAUACUGCUUCUUUAGCCAUUGCCACUACCGGUAGAGGUUCUUCUGGUGUUGGUUUGACAGCCGCUGUUACUACUGAUAGAGAAACAGGUGAAAGAAGACUGGAGGCUGGUGCAAUGGUGUUAGCUGAUCGUGGUGUUGUAUGUAUUGAUGAAUUUGAUAAGAUGACUGACACUGAUAGAGUUGCCAUCCAUGAAGUUAUGGAACAACAAACUGUUACAAUUGCUAAAGCUGGUAUCCACACUACAUUGAAUGCUCGUUGUUCUGUUAUUGCUGCUGCUAACCCAGUAUAUGGUCAAUAUGAUGUUCAAAAGGAUCCUCAUCAAAAUAUUGCUUUACCCGAUUCCUUAUUGUCACGUUUCGAUUUAUUAUUUGUGGUAACAGAUGAUAUCAAUGAAGUAAGAGAUAGGGCCAUUAGUGAACACGUCCUAAGAACUCAUAGAUUCUUACCUCCAGGAUAUUUAGAAGGUGAACCAAUAAGAGAAAGAUUGAAUUUGUCACUUGCCGUUGGUAUUGAAAACCCAGAAGAAGAAGCAGAGAAUAAUGCUAAUGGUGCUGAAGAAAGUGAGGAUAGUGUGUUUGAAAAAUUUAACCCAUUAUUACAAGCUGGUGCUAAAUUAGCCAUGAAUAAAGGUGAUCAUAACGGUGAUUUGAUCCCAAAUCUGGUAACAAUUCCAUUUUUAAGAAAAUAUAUUCAAUAUGCCAAGGAGAGAGUUAUUCCUCAAUUAACCCAAGAAGCUAUCGAUAUCAUUGUUAAAGAAUAUGCAGAUUUGAGAAACGAUGAGAAUACUAAGAAAUCCCCAAUUACUGCAAGAACUUUAGAAACUUUAAUCAGAUUAUCUACAGCUCAUGCUAAAGUUAGAUUAUCCAAAACUGUAAGUAAAUCAGAUGCUCGUAUUGCUUCUAGAUUAUUAAGAUUUGCCUUGUUAGGUGAAGACAUUGGUGAUGAUAUUUAUAACGAAGAUGAAAAUGAAGAAAAUAUUUCAUUCAGAAGAUCUCCAAAGAAAUCUCCAAAGAAAAAACAAAGAGUGUAUGGUAACACCAGCAGACCUGAGUCGCCUUCCAAACCUAGAACACCAUCAAGAAGAUCUCCUACGAAGUCAAGCACACCUUCAUCUGUCUCGAGAUCAGCCUUGAGAAGAAGAUUACAAUUCGAUGAUGAUGAAGAGGCUGAAAAUGAUGACGAUGAUUAUGUCGUUAUGUCUCCAUUACCAAGAGAUGAACAAGAAGAUUUAGAAAGAAGGUUACGUUCUGGUUUACGUGUAUCUCCAAGACGUAGAGAACAAACAGAAUCUCGUGGUCCAUUAACUGAGGCCGGUGGUGAAAAGAUGUCAAAUAUUUCCUCUUUCAACGAAGAUACCGGAUUAGCGGAAGAAAACACUGGUACAAUCUCUACAGCCAGAUUAGCUGCUUUCUCUAGUAUCAUGGCCUCAUUAAUGCAAUCUGAUCUUUUCCAAGAUGAAUGCUACCCAAUUGAAUCUUUAUUCGAAAAAAUUAACGACGAAGUAGACAACGAAGAUGAAUUCACGAUGUCUGAAUAUAUGGCUGGUCUAAGAAUUUUAUCUGAGAGAAACAAUAUUAUGAUAUCCGAGGAUAAAGUAUGGAGAGUGUGA